AUGCGGCAAAGGCAGCGACAGUUACGCCCCGAAUUAUUGGCUCCGGCGGCCGCGAAGCCGAGGACGGCGUUGUCAUCGUCGUCGCUGUUAUGGGCGCGACGAUGUGCGGGGUCGUCCCUCUCCGGGAAGAAGCAGUCACCCGUGACCCCGUUCUUUGCCGCGUUGUUCCCCGCUCACUUUGCGGGAGGCGAUGCCGCAGACGAUGUUGCUUUGCGUCGAGUGUCAUUUGUGCGGCGUGCCUUGUUGGCGAAAGGGGAGAAGGCCGUCGGCGGUGCAAGGACUGCAGGGAGUAAGUGGUCCGCUGCUGCCACCGCCGCUCCCUCUUCUUCUGUCGUUUCCUUGCGGCCGUGGCACGUGAUUGCUAACCUGAAGCAUGCCGUCCUCUUCGCCAUGAAUGACGAGGAGAAUUCCAACGAAAAAAAGGCGGGUGAAGCUGAAAAAGGCUGCAGCACCCUCCAUCAAGACGAUGAGGAUGAAGCGACGUGCCCACGGAAGGGUGUCAAAAAGGACGAGGGAGAGAAAUGUGGGGACGGAAAACGACAUGUGGCACCUUCCGAGAUUGUUAGACUCGUACGUCAUUCUAUUCGCAUUGUUGAACAAAAAAACACGCGGGUGAGAGUGGAAUUGAUGAUGGCGGAUGCCAACGCAGUAGGAGGCACGUCUCGGUUACAAGAAAUGGAUGAUAACUUGCGGGAAGAGAAGGAUGUGUUGCGGAAUGUCCUACGGAAAGUACCAAAAGAAGCGCUGAUGUCAUAUGUUCUUGGCGGCGAUGAUGGAAUGGGUGGGGCGGCAAACUCAACUUUGGAGCCUCUGCGUUUCGCCUUGAAACAGACAAUGCGUUCUUCUGCAUAUGCGUUUCAUCUUACUUUUGAGGCGCUUUUGCGUCAGGGGCAGGACCACAUGGCAGUGGAGCUUUUUCGUCGCUGGUGGCGUCAUAACCCGCACUUAUUCCCGAUUGAGCUGGGGCCAGACCUUGGGCAGGAUGUAUCCUCAAUGCUUUCUGUCAUCAGGGCAGGAGGCGACACCACCACCACUCUGCAACGGGACAUGAUCUUCAGACGCCUAGCACAAAUUCCCUACAAGAAAUACACGGUGACAUCGGCGUUGUUCACGCGGGUCAUGAAGGUGGCGUUGUGCCUCGGCAUUCCUGCACUGGAAGAAGAAUUUGUUUUACAGGAACUGAUUUACAAGGGAGUGUAUAUGGCUUGUUGUGCUUCUCGCACUGGUAAUGAGAAUGGCAAUGGUCAGAAGACGGAGACCUCGGCGUCUCAUACAGAUCUGCAUUUUCAUGCGUUUCAGGAAAAUUACGAAGAUUGGCUUGUACUCAUUGGAGCCAUAGCGGCAGCUGCGGUACUAGAACGUCAUGCCGAGGACUUUUGGCGGGAAAAGCCUGGUGGGACGUUGUACGAUCGCCUUGUAUUUUCCGUCCGUGAAGAAUACACAACAUUUAUCACGAAAGCAUGCUGUCCGCAAUUAAUUCACUCUUCUCCCGCAGACUUUGGGGCGGCGACGAAGCGGGGAGGGGAACCAUCAAGGCCAUUGGUCGUGCCAGGUUGGACCAGGCUACUCUUUACGACUGUGCUCCGCUGCUAUGAAGAGGCAGGCGUGUUUCACGCCUCGCCUGUUCGCCGCCCGGGAAAUUCUGCGGCACUCUGGCGGGAAAUUCAUACCCGACUGAUUCGGCAGUUUCCACAUAUAUUUCACGCUGCAAACACCGUCACGACUUUACUUUCCUUUGCGGCGCUUGAAGAGGCUGCAGUUUCGUCUCUGGGAACGUGUCGAAUGUCUUUUUCGGGAAAGGAGGAGGCGUUGUGUCGUUGGCGUCUUGAGUGUUUGUCUGAGCGAGAGGAAAGGAAUGGUGGUGACGGUACCUUUCAUGAGUUCACGCAGUCUCAGGCCUUAAGUGAUGACCCUCGCACUUCCAGACGUUUGCGGGCCCGUGUUCUCACCGCACACAGCGCCCUUUCAACGAAGACUAUGAAAGAAGAAUCCGUCGACAAGGACUCCAGUACUAAUGAUGCGGAGAUGUGUGCUCAGCAGCUGCAUUGGAAACACCGAGAGUUAUUUGGUCAUGCUUUAAGCGUUUCAACCUCACAACUCAGCAUUCCCGUGUUUCUGAAGUCACAAGAAGUCAUCAACUACGCAGAGGAUGCCAUGGAUGAGCUGGAAGCCGCCCGACAUAAUGUUGUUGAGAUUUUCCGUGAGCAUGCGUCGUUGCCCAUGUUGCGUCCCGCGUCUCAUAUUGACGUUUCGAAUCCACAAGAGCGUAGAAGUUGCGGCGAUAUUCUUGCGGAAGCCUCGCAACCGUCUAUGUUUCUUUUCUUGCGUCUUGUCUCGCUUCUGUCAUUGAUGGGGGAACCUCCGGUGGUCACUACGGAGGCAGGAGAGAAUGAAGGUGGGAUCCGAUCUUUUUCACUUGUUGAAUGCAUCGAAGAGGAUAUUCUUCCUUACUGCCAUCCAAGUGUGGCGGCCUUCCUGCGUCGGUGUUGCGCCACCUAUCUUUCCCGUAGUGGGGUGCGAGGAAUUCGGGCGCUCGUGGGGGAGCAUCAGAAGUUACUGGAGCAACUAACGGAGGAAGCUGCAGUAGGGCGCCUUCUUGUUGGUGUGCUUUGGGGUGGUGAAACUGACAAAAAUAAUAGUUGCUCCUCAAGACGCUACUCUUUCGGGAGCGGCUCGUUAGCAUGGCAGGUCAUUUCUCAACAUCGUCAGGUCAUAUUUUGUAAGGACGGUCGUUUACUGCUGGAAAUGAUUCUUUCUCAUUUGGGGACUCUUUCCCUCGCCAUUCCGGAUGAUUACAGGCAACUCGUAUGUCUGUCACCGUAUGUGCACUGUGUCAUUGCUGACCCAACGGAUACUGCAAGUAAUGCGCUGUCAGCCCUUCGUAGCGAGUUGGACUGGAAUCCGGCCCCGGCAAGACAUGUUUACAUCUCACUGUUGGAAUUGCUCUCAUGGGUGGUAGAAGCUAAGGGGAAGGAGGAGGCAGAGGAGGGGAAACCGAAAGGCAUACAGAAAGAACAAAGUAUCGAUGAAGCUGAACAUGUGAGCACUUUGAAUGAUGACAGUGGGGCAAAUCUGCCAACCUUAUCCGAUACGGCACGUCACUGGCAUGUCGUUCAAAGUUUCUUUCGCAGGCGGCCAUUAAAUUUUAAAUUUUUUUCUCCCUUCCUUUUGGAACGCAUUUGUCUGAUCUUUGUGCAUAGCUGUCCGGACUUGGAGUUAAUAAUCACUUGUUUGCUGGCUUUGUGUCAGCAACAACGCGGAGGGUCUGGGGCUGACGUUUCCGCGCAUAUGGACGGAGAGUCUUCCUCGUUUUUUACUCCUCGAUUACUCACGAGUCUCUGUUGUUUAUUAGUAAUGAAUGGGUUGACUGGAAACUCUGUUCGGCAGUGGCGGCAUAAAAAUGGUGCACCGUCUUCUGCCUUGUCUCCAACGUGUGGUGAUGCUGUUGGUAAAAGCAGACUUUGUGAGUGGCAUCUUUCAUGUUUUGAGCGCAUGUUGCCGUCAAUGGGUCAUAUCUUGAAGGAGAACAGGGAAGGAGCCGAGGGGUUCUCUGCAGCCUUUUGCGGUGAUGGGGACGGCCUGGCGGUUGGAAAGAACGAGACGGCGCACUUGUUGGGCAGCAUCGUGCUUGACGUGUUGCUCACUGAUGCCCAUUGGCUAUCACUGAAGAAAGAUAAUUACUACGUGUUUCUUUUUGUUUCAGCGGCGGAAUUGGUAGCUACAAAGGGCGCAGAUGAAGCUGCCGUGCACUGCAAGAAAUCCUCCUUUCCGUUGGGAGUUGUGUUGCCAUCACGGCAGAUGUCAUCGUCUCACCCGAGUGGUGUUCGUCAGCGUGUGACGAAACUCAGGGAUGCGCUUCGCGAAAUGGGAGCGGAGAGGCGAAUACAAAUUCGUCGUUCAGUGUCACCGGUGAUAAGGCGAGAGAAGGGAGUGCUGGAAGUGUACAGUCUGGCAAACGAUGACGGUGAGGAUGAGGACGAUGUGGUGAACUUUUUCCUCCAUUCCGUAGUUGGUGGGGAUGGAGUAACAACGCAGUGCUCGUCCACGUGGUCUGACACGAAGGCGGAAGGCGGAUGA